CUACUAGACUACGUAGUAACAGCAAGACUGGGCAGUUCCCAGUUUCUAAAUGAGCCGUGGAGUGCCCACAAUCUCCACAGUCACAUGCUGGGCUGCCAAAUCCCGCAUUCCAGGACGGGCCGCUGCUUGGUGGCUCGAUUUGGUUGACGGGACCUUGAAUUUGUGUUUGUUUGUUUUGUUUCACUUGACGUCAUACACGAAGCGCAUCAUCAACGGAAGCUGCAUUGCGAUGCUGCAGAAACUAGAAAGAAAGAACCAGGGAGAGCUGCGACUAUCCACUGCAGCUCUCUCUCGUCACACUCCUUUCAUUGUUUCCUUUUUCUCAUUUCCUCACUGACACACACAGACUCACUCUGUGACUGACUGAGGCUGAAAAAUAGGCACUUCUCUUGAAUUUCUGCGCGCACUCCCUCCUGAAAAGUCGAGGCUGCAAGCGGAAUAUUGAUUGAUACAUUGUUGCAUCAUCUAAAACUCUGCCCAGACUUA